AAAUAAUCAGAAAUGCGAGUAGAUUCCUUAAGAUGAAUAACGAAUAAUCAAAUAACAUGGAAAGUGUUUUGAUUUGAAAGAAUGUGCAGACAUACCUUUACCUAAUUUCAGAUAACAUCCGAUAUGACUCUCGAAGGUAUUCCAUUUAUGCCACUUUCUCUUAAGAUAAAGUAUAGGGCGAUAAGAACUAUUGACGAAGAAGGGGGUAGAAACGGCUCUUAUACAGUCCAGUAGAAGCUGCAAAAUAUCCAGUUGCAAAACAUCUUUGAAACGAAACAAGAUGAAUAAAAUAAGCUUGUUAACAGUUUUCAUCAUUGUAGCACUUCAGAGCUCAUUGCUCUGUGCUAAACCAGUGGAAACUACACAUAAGUCGGUGGUGGAAAAACUUACUGAAGAUGCCAACAACGUUGUGAAAAGUUUUUCUGAUGCAACAGGAUUCAGUGAUGUGACAUCGCAAAAAGUGAUGGAAAAAAUCAAAACCGAUGCCAAAAAAGUCGCUUCCAGCAUAGAAAGUUUCAUGGAUAUAGUCAAGAAAGGUAUCGAAGCUAACAAACCAGAGUUCCAGAAAGUAGUCAGUAAUGUACAAACUCAUCUUGCCAAGACAUCGGACUCCUUGAAACAAUUCGUUGGUCCUAACAACGUUAAGAAAGCAGAAGAAUUGAAGGCAAGUUUCAAUAAGAAUUUAGAAGCCGCCAUGGAACCCAUUGAUAAAGUAAUCAAAGCUGUACAACCCAGUGCGCAAAAAUUUAGGGAUGAUCUUGAAACCAGUGGAAAACAUGUGUUGGACUCUAUAAUUGAUGGUGCCACGAAAGUUGGAAAGGUUGUGAAAAAUAGUGUUAAUAAUGUAGAAAAGAGUUUUAGGGAAUAAAUGUUAUUAUACAAACACUCAA